GAGCCGCAGGAGCCGGGCCAGAGGCAGCAGGAUUGUGACUUGCACUUACAGAGUCAGCAACUGGAAAAAUGCCAGAUUCUGAAAGUAAUUUGGUGUCUUCGCAUGUGGAUGUUAUAAAUGGUACUUCAGUCUUGAGUGAAAUGAAAAUUUCGGAUGAAAAGAGAUCUGUUGAAAAAAGAGCAGUGACUCAGAUUGAGAAGAAUGGCUAUCCCGAUUCGAUAUACAUAAAUGCAGCUAAGAUUUUUCAAGGCAUUCAUACUGAAAAGAGUGAGGAUAAAAUCCAGGUGCGGUAUGGCGGUAACUCAGACUCUCCCAUGAUGGCUUUUAAAGAUGAGCAUUCCAGGCGUGUAUCUUAUGAACUGGCUUUCAAUACUCUAAAAUAUCAAAAUCUUCUUGAAGAAAUAUUGUUAGAUAGUCGUACUUACCCGUGCUACUCAAUACCAGAUGAGUUAACCAGCUUGCUUGUUGUGAUUCUUUAUGAUCUACAAGACCGAAAGUUUAAAAAACGAAAGAUUUUUGCUGAAGAGGAACUUGUAGCAGAGGUUCAGGAAAUAGAGAAUUAUUUAUACAGUUACAGGACCAAACUGGCAGCUGCACUAGCACGAUGUCGCAUCAAAUAUGAUGCUCUUUCAAUUGAAUACUUUGUACCAGAAACCAUAUGGAAGCAGGAACAAAGGGCUUCUACUUUACCUCUCUGUUUUUGGAUAAACACAUUUAAAAUCAGCCUUGAAGAUGUUAUCAGAGAUUUGGAGAUGAAGGGAUUCAGAAAAGUUGAAUCUGUGUCAGACUUGGACCAUUACACAUAUGCUGUGGACCAACAUUGCCACGAUGUAUUGGUUUUUCCUUCCUCUCUUAGAGAAGAACUGCUUAAUUUAGAUCUUUUUGCUGAUUGCAAACUCUUACUGCAGGAUAAGUCUCGCAGCCUUGCUGUCCACUCUGCACAGGCACUGUUGAGUGAAGGUGGUGACAUUAUAAUGGCUCACAUAGGUUCCCACCUGACCAUUGCCCAUAUGUCAGUACUGACAAAUAGCAGCAGAUCCAAAAUUUUUGCUUGUGGUGUGAAAUCUUCGGCAAAAGAAGAAGAAUUGAGGAACAGUUUCAGUCACAUGGGAUGUGAAAAUAUUCAGUUGUUACAUGAAGAUUUUACUGAGCUUGAACCAACAGACCCAAGGCUUGAUAAGGCAAAAGUUAUUUUGCUGCUACCACAAUGCUCUGGACUGGGUGCUGGCAAUCCAAUGGAGUUUAUUUUAAGUGAAAACAGAGAUGCAGGAUUGCUACGAGACCUUUUCCAGGGAUUUGUGUCUGAGGAUAAACUCAGUAUUCUUGCUGAGAGGCAGCUUAAUGAGUUGAUUCAUGCACUGAAAUUUAAAAAAGUACAAGCUAUUGUUUACUGCACUUGUUCAGUUUACCCAGAAGAAAAUGAACUUGUAGUGCAAAAAGCACUGGAAUCUGGAGUGGAGGGAGAUAAAGUACGACGAUAUAGGGUUAUUCCUUCUGUUUUUUCUACUUGCUCCAAUUCAGAGUCUUCCACUGAAAUGUUUUUCAAAAUGGAGCCAUCAGAAAUUUCCAGUGGCUGUUUCCUAGCUGUUCUAGAGAGAGAGAAAGGUACUUCUAAAAAAGUGUCUGCUAAAGACAUUUUGGAUGCUGCUGAAGAAGAAAAUCUACUAGAUGGCAUCGCUGAAGAAAAACCAAAAGAAGAGGUGAAAAAGCAGAAAGUAAAACAACGUAGACGUAAGGUUACUGCUAGUAAGCCAAAAGCUGCAAAGCUCCUUCACCGCCAAACUGGUGCGAAUGUUAAGGCUGAAGUUCCUGUGUCUAAAGCAGCCAGUAAGAUACAAGAACAGCACGAGGGCCACGUAAAAGCAGCCAGUAAUGCAUCACAGAAGACGGUGCACAGGAAAAAAGCAGCCAGUAAUGCACCACAGAAGACUGUGCACAAAAAAAAAGUAGUCAGUAACACACCACAGAAGACUGUGCACCAAAAAAAAGCAGCCAGUAACACACCACAAAAGAAAGUGCACCGAACAAAAGCAGCCAGUAACAUACAGCAAAAGAAUGUGCCCCCAACAGUCAGCCGUGUUGAACUGAAGAACCCUCAUUCACACACAGCCCCACUGAAAGUGCCAAAGCCCACAUCUCAUCUGUCACCUCUGGGCAAGGCAUAUGAGAGACAGACACCUGCUCAAAAGGCACAUGCAGAACAGAUCAGGCUUGUGCUGAAGCUCCUGGCAAUCACUUUGCCUCCAUUAAUAACACAAUAUGAAAGGUUGUAAUGAAACAAGCCCAGGGUAUCAACUUAACAUUGCUUUCAUGGCCAGAUUGGAGCACAGGAUCCAAGUGGUUGGAUAAUUCCACCACCCUGGUCAAAAAUGGUCAAGCAAACUUGGCUGUAUGAACCUUCAGACUCUAACUUCCCUUUGUAAAGAAGGUAAAGAUUCCUGUAUAUUUAUCAAUACUCUUACAUUACAGUAUAUCUUUAUGCAAGGAUAAUCUGGCCUUGGGAUAGAUUUAUUAUGGGCUAUGUAUGUAUAAAUAUCCAUGUUAGAUAGUAACUUUUAAUGCAGUAAUGACACUUCAAAGUGAAUGCAGCUCAGCUGCCUAAGGCUGAUAGACUCUUGGUGGAAGUGAGGUCAAAGAAUGAUAGCCUCUUGCUAUAUACAGGUAUAAGUGACAAGCUAAAUCCCCCCACUGUGAUCUAAACCUGUACAAGUAAUCAGUUUCAUAUUGAUGUUUUUAAAGUGAGACUGAAUUUUUUAAAGUGGGUUUGCUCUACAAGUGCUAGAUUUUUGUGAGUUUCCGCUUAAGAUUGAUGCAUGGAAAUAAGCCUUGUAUUUCUAAAACUAAAUAUUGAACUUUUGUAUAGGAAACUGGCUAAGUACAUUAAAGCCCAUGCAUAGGCUUUCCAGUACAUGUUUUCUUGGUUUCUUCUUAAGUGUGCAUUGAAAUACUAAUAGUGAAAUUUACAUCAAAUAUUCUCAUGCUAAAAACCCUGAAUUGUCAUCAUAAUGUCACAUCAGACUAUGUCAUGGUUCGUAACUGCUUUUCAUCAAUUUCUUAACAUAAACAGUUCUUAGUUGAAAAGAGCUGCUACUGUCAAAGUAACAUUUUUAUAAAUGUUACUGCUAGUCAGCUGAAUAAUGACUGGACAAAGAGUAGCUGCCUGUCUUUGGGAACAGCUGUGGGCUUCUAAGCUGCUCCCUUUUGGUAGCAAAGAUAAAAUAACUGUAAAAUAUCUACAAUUGUCUUGUAAUAUGAGUAGAGGAUAAAGGGAGGCACAGAGAUACUUUUAACAAUAAAUCUGAUUUGUAUUUAGAAGUUGUAAAAAUGAAAUAGAGAUAGCACAGCAAUACAGAAAGGCAAAGGUAGCAGAAAUUUUCCUCUAGGCAACUAUUUCAGAUACUUAGCAAGAGUGUUGCCAGGAGCAUCACCAAUAUAGUGUGGAACUUAACCAAUUUGACAUAUGGGUUUGGAUUUAGACCCACCCAGAGAAAAUAUUGUAACAUCUCUGUUUUCACCCACACCAGUCAGUGUCACUGGAUGAGCAGUACCUUUUUAAGAAAAGAUGUGAAUGAUAUUACACUAGCAGUGCAGACAGCUGUCUCUUGUUCAUCUGAUAAAUAUCCUUGCUUCACUGAAUCAGUGAAAAUUUCUUUUAGCAUUUUAAUCUGAACCAGCUGUCUUGUACAAAGACAUCCCUCACCUGCAUAUCGCUGUGAGCAAUCCAUGCUCCCUACCCAUUCCAGUAACACAGUGAACUCUACUCUUAUUCCUGAACAAAUUUGUAAGGAUAGAUUUAGACAUAGAUGUAGACCCAUACACAUGUCACGUGUAGCACUA